UUAACAAUUCAACCAUGUGUACAAAAAAUAUUUUUUUGUUUCGCUAGUAUAUUUUGUUUAUCUUGGCGCUUCAAGCAUUUGAUGCGCCUAUUGGCGGCGAAGUUACCUACCUUUUCUUCAAAACACACCGGUAGAAUGUAGGCAUCGGUUGAGGAUGAUCGGGCUCUCAAAUAAUUGAAUGAUUUAGAAAAUGUGACAAUUUAGGUGAUUUUUUGCGGAAUAUCCGCAACAUAAAAAUGAAACUAAUUUACAGCUUUAUUUAGUUUUUUCCGAAAGUUCGGAUUUAAAAACGUAGGAGCAGAAUGUUGGAAGAAGUGUUUUGGAUAAUACUUCAGUCUUCCCUGAGUUCCAUAUCCUUUGGAUUAGUUACAGGCUGUAGCACUCCCUUGGGAUUGAUGACAGGUGCAGUUCAGGAUUGGCAAAUAAGCGUCAGCUCAAUGGCUGAUCACCGGAAAGAUCCCGGAUGUCACAUGCGAUAUGCCAGGAUAUAUCAGCCACCCGGAAGAGCUUGGUGUGCCGGAAGAAAAGCGGCCAUGGAAUGGAUUCAAGUGGAUCUUGGAGUAUCUGCCAUAAUAACAGGGAUGAUGACACAAGGGCGUGGUGAUGGUCAUCAGUGGGUCACUUCGUACUUGCUAUCUUACAGCUUAGAUGCUUAUCAUUGGAAAUACUGUACUGACGUCUACAGUAACAGAAAGACAUUUAAAGGUAAUAUCGAUUCGCACUCUACUCACACUAGCUAUUUGGAGCAGAAUGUGACGGCCCGUUUCUUAAGAUUGCAUGUCCUCCAAUGGCAUGAACAUCCAAGCAUGAGAAUAGAACUACUAGGAUGCCAAGAUUGCAACUCCAUUAUUAGUGUUCCACCUCAAGCUCAACUGACGGCCUCAUCAUCCAGACCCUGGAGCAAGCAGGGCACCUGCACGCCAGAAGAUGCUCACAUAUUUAGCUUUGGCGGCUGGUGUGCUAAGCACAGUGACAUACGACAGUGGCUUCAGAUAGACUUAGGUCCACCAACAAGAGUGACUGGAGUAGUUACUAAGGGAAGAGGAGACAGCAGAAGGAAACAGUGGGUCACUUCGUUUGCCCUCUCAUACUCCAAUACUACGAGCCACUGGCAAUACUACAAAGACGAUAACCUCGUUAGUCCCAAAGAAUUCGGUGGAAACAUGGAUAAGAAUACGGAACGUCGGCAUUACUUCAACCUACCAUUUACAGCUCGCUAUGUAAGAGUCCACCCAAUGACAUGGAGAGGUAGAGUUAGCAUGAGGUUGGGUCUAAUAGGAUGUCAACUUCAAGGUAAAUGGGAAUGUGGCCAAGGAUUUUUUAGAGUUCACACUGAUUCAGAAUGUGUCGAGAACCUUGCUUACAAAAAGGACACUUGGGUGAAUGACAAGCGUCACUCUUGGAUGGGAUGGAAAGAUGGCCACUCAUCAUAUGCUGUCGAUGGCGAUGAAGACACUCAUCUGCGUCGAUGCGCAAUUCUCGACAACUAUUACGUGGAUUAUCCAGUCUGGAUGGUGGACUUGGGACAGAGGAGGACAGUCCGAGGCGUUGUCAUCAUUACCUGGCAAGGAAGAGGUGAAGAUCGAACUAACGUGUACAGAGAAUACAUAUACAACCUAGAAAAACUGACAGUUUUCGUAGAAGACAAAGCAAGACUUGAAAUAAGUUCAAGCGGAGCUAAAUGUGCUUCAAUAUCUCGCCUCAACAACGCCCUCUUCAGAAGAACUUUGCAUUUCGAAUGCCCUAAUGAUCUAAUCGGACGAUACGUGUAUGUCAAAGCAUAUGGUGUGCCAAGAUGGAAUAGGCUUUAUUCGGCCAUUCUUUGUGAAGUCAGGGUUUACUGAGAAUGCUUUACUUAAAAGAAUCAUCAACAGUAUUAACUACAGCUUCUUGAGUAAUGUUCAACUUAUCGACAUUGCUGACUAAAAGAUUUGUUAUGAGAAGCCAUAUUCUGCCAUAAAACACACUAAUCAACUCUUUACUCAAAUAGGGUAUUUUACAAAGAGACUCCUAAUUUUUAAAUGAAACUACGUGACAACAACGAGCAAUAUUAAUAUUAAAGAAGCGGUAUUUUAAUGAGGUAAGCCAUAAAAAUGUAAUAUAGACAUUUCAAAAACUAAUUACAAAUUGCCAAAAAUGUUUAGUUGCACUACAGUGCAUAAAAAAAAUAAACGAACCACCAAGAAUAACUUUUGAUCUAAUAAUGGGAUCUUUAAGUUCUAGGUCCGAAGGGGUGAUCUCAAAUAUGAUAAUUAAUUAGUGCAGACAUUUUAAGUUACGAAA